GGGAACGGAAGACGCAGUCCCGGCACCCAUUUUUUAGACAAGGGGUGUGAUCCUCGGCUUCCUCGUUUAUCGAGCGCCUCCCGAGGCCGGGCCCUAGGAUGCAGCCCGGCAAUGAUCUGCUUAGUCUCUCCCUGAUGUGUCAGCUGACGAUACAUCAUCCUGAUAAGGCCGCGACUCAUCAAAGUUGUGACAGAGGAGCUCGUAGAAUAGGGAGCUAGUCCUGGGUUCUGGGCGCGCUGGUAAAUGGGCUCUUACCGGCGAGUUGAAGGGAGGGAGGAUUGCAUCAGGGGAACUGCCUGUCCUAGAGGGCGCGUGGGGGCGGGAUCUUGGUGAAUUGAAGCUGAGAAGUCAAGUGCGGCGGUGGCGGAAUGAGCGCGAUCAGGGGAGGGGUGCGCUAGGAAGCCGAAGAGGGAGGAAGGGUUCAGAUUAUAGAGUUUGGAACGCCCGUGGGUGGAGGUUGGAUGAUAGGAGGGCAGGAAUGGUGAGGCGACCACUUCUAGGAGGUCACAGAUGUAGAUGAGAGAUGGUGGCCUACGGUGGUGGCAGUGGGUAUAGGAGAGAAUUGGAGCUGUCGAGUUGAUAAUUAAAAAUUGACAAGACUUUUGGAUUAGAUAUGGGAUUUGAGUGAGAGGGUGACCCUUCUGUUAUUUAAAGAUGUAGAAAAUGCUGGAGACUUGAGGAAAAAGGCCAUGGAAGGUGCCAUUGACGGCUCAUUAAUAAAUCCUACAGUGAUUGUCGAUCCAUUUCAGAUACUUGUGGCAGCAAACAAAGCAGUUCACCUCUACAAACUGGGAAAAAUGAAGACAAGAACUCUAUCUACUGAAAUUAUUUUCAAUCUUUCCCCAAAUAACAAUAUUUCAGAGGCCUUGAAAAAAUUUGGUAUCUCAGCAAAUGACACUUCAGUUCUGAUUGCUUAUAUUGAAGAGGGAGAAAAACAAAUAAAUCAAGAAUACCUAAUAUCUCAGGUAGAAGGCCAUCAAGUUUCUCUCAGAAAUCUCCCUGAAAUAACAAAUAUUACGGAAGUCAAAAAGAUAUAUAAACUAUCUACGCAAGAAGAAAGCAUUGGGACAUUAUUGGAUGGUAUCAUUUGUAGGAUGUCAACAAAAGAUGUUUUGUGAAAUGACAGAAAUAUUAAAAAUUUUCAGCAAUUAUAAAAGCCAUUCAUUAUUUUUUCCGGAUUAUAAAAUCUAUUAUGUUUGUUGUAGAAAAAUUUAAAGCACGGAAUGGUAACAAAGGAAAAAAAAUAAAACCAUUCCUGAUCCUAUCUCUUAAUAUUUUAAAAGAUAACCGUGGUUACUGUUAUUUGUUACUGCCUUCUAGUCUUCUGUUUCUGUUCAAAUAUAUUUUAUUUUUAUGUAAGUGGAAUAAUUGCUAACAUUUAUCGGGUGUCUACAAUGUACUGAGUUCUUGUUUUCAUGACUUUAUAUCCCUCAGCUCAUAUUCCUGCACUUCCUUCUGGCUACUCCAGCAUUGCUGUUCCAAGCCUCCUGGUUCCAAGUUUUUACAUGCAAGAAUUCAUUUAAUUAUCACAGCAUCAUAUGAGGUAGAUACUGUUAAUACUCUCAUUUUACACAAAGGCAACUAAAAGGUUGUAGAAGCAAUAACUUGCCCGAGGUUUUACAGCUAAAAGUCAUGUUUUAUAAAUCCUUUGGUUUUUUUUUUUGUUUUUUUGUUUUUCUAUUUUGUCUUAAAAUAUGAUUGUGUCAGUCAAGAUAGAGUAGGUUAGGGGUCAGCAAACUUUUCUGUUAAGGACAAGGUAGUACGUAUUUUCAGUUCUACAGGCCAUAUGGUGUCUGUUGCACCUACUCAGCUCUUGCUGUUGUAGUGCUGAAGCAUCCACAGACAGUAUAUAAAUGAUACACACAGCUGUAUCCCAGUAAAACUUUAUUUACAAAAAUAAGUGAUGGGCAAGAUUUGACCAGAGGGCAGUAGUUUCUGGACUCCUAGGUUAGAUUAGGCUGUAAUUUAGGGUCCCUAAAGCUCAUUGGUUUCAUACGACAAAAGAUUGUCUUGCUCACUCCACAUAGCCACUGUGAAUCAGUAGGAAGACUCAUUGCAGUGACUCAGGAAUCCAGUCAGCCAAAGGCUUUAUGUCAGCAUGUGCUCUGUGGGUCACUGCACAGCUGGAAGUUAUGCUGUGAGUUACAUGGUGGCUCUUAAAGCUCCCAUGUGGAAGUGACAGAUAUCGCUUAUCUCAUGUUUCACUGUCCAGUCACAUGGCCAUGCCAACAUCAAAAGGGGUGGGGGAGUGCGAUCCUGCACCAUGAUAGAGAAUGGAGAGGUAGAAAUCCUUAGGGGACAAACACAUAUUUCCAUUGUGGUCAUAAAUAAUAAGGUACCAAAGCACAUCGUUAGCGUUUCUUGCAUGUGCUGCGCUAAGCUCUUUAUAUGCACUGCCUCAUAUAGUCCUCUCUACAACCCUAAGAGAUUUUACCACCUUCAAGGAAGCAAAUUUAGUCUCUGAACUCUAUUUCAAAAGGUUUCAAACCUACAGAACAACUGAAAAUAAUACAAUGAACAUCCAUGUGACUUUCAUGUGAUUUCACUAUUUGUUAACAUUUUGCUACAUUUGUUUGCUUUUCUGAAAUAUUUGAAAGUAAAUUGCAGACCUUAUGGCACUUCACCCUACAUUGUGUUUAGU